AGGUUCAGUCCCCAGUACUAAAAAAAAACCUAACUACAGAAAUCAAGAGGACCUGGUCUUGAUGAAAGGACAAUAAUGAAACAGGAUAGCCAGGUAUGGUGGUGACGCGCCCCGCGCAUCACACCGCCCCCCACCCCCGGAGGGCGCACCUCUCCGCUCCCAGUUGCAGGGCACUGCAGGAUCCCUACCGGGCACCACCCGGCGCGCCCAGGAACCCAGGGGGGGCCCCCUCAGCGCAGGAACAUCCGCAGUGAGCUCCGUUGUGUUCAGCGCUCUUGCGAGUCUGGCCAGACGCGUCUGUGGCGUCGAGGAGGGACGGCGCUGCAAGCUCUUGCGGGCAGCAGAGCAGGACAGGGCCGCAGAGGACCCAUGGCGCGGGCCGCGACCGCUGACUUCCUCCUGGGCGCCCGGGUCUGGCUGCCGCUGCUGCCGCCGCUGCUGCUGCUGGGGGCGCCUCGCUGGGCGGCCUGCAAUGGUCACGUCCCCAGGACUCCACAGCCGCACCAGCCACAUCCGCCCACUUCCCUCCUGAGUCGCUGUGCCCCGGUGCCGCUACCCACCUUGACCAGACCUCAGGCACCCACUCUCUUUGCUAUGAAUUCACCAUCUGUCCUAAACCCCCGCCUGGACAGCAGUGGUGCACAAUCCAGGGUCUGGUGGGUCAGAAGACUUUUCUUUCCUAUGACUGUAUCCACGGAUGUCCUUGGAGGGAAGGUGAAUAGCACCAAGACCUGGGGACGGCAGUCAGAAACACUGCAGGAUAUGUGCGACAGGUUGAAACAAGAAAUGCUUCAGCUUAAACUACAGAACUGUACAUCCCCAGCUCCCCUCAUGCUGCAGGCCACCAUGACCUGUCACCAGAAAGCUGGUGGACACUUCAGCGGGGCCUGGGAGUUUGGCUGCAAUGGACAGACUUUGCUCCGUGUUGACUCGAACCAAAGAGAGUGGACGGAGGUCCCCCCUGGAUGGAUGCUGAAAGAGAAGUGGAAGAAUGACCAGGAGCUGUUCCCCUUCUUAUACCGGACAUCGGUGGAUGACUGUGGGAGUUGGCUGAAGGAGUUCCUGGAGCACUGGAAGGAAAGUCUCAAGACCAGAGCACCACCCACCAGCCCACCCAGUGCCAAGGCCACCAACCUGAGCCCCGGGGCCAUCCUCCUGCCCAUCCUGAUCAUCCUACUUGGCAUCGCAGGAGGAUACAUUUGGUGGAGGUUCCUCGUGCCGAACUUACGGCAUUCAUGCCCCAGCCCCUGUGCGUUAUCAUUGAAAGCUCUGAGAGGUUCGCCAUCACUGCCGCAGAGGAAGAGGAGCGGGACCUGGGCCAGGAAGCUUUUCCCAAUUCGACUCACAGGCUGCAGAUGGAAGAAGCUCCGGAGAAGCUCCUGAAAAUGUGAUCAAGAGAAAUCUGUCUCCUGCUGGUCCUCUGCUGUGCUAGCACCUGCUGUCUAUUCCUGAGCUCCAGCAAACCAUUUAGACUUGGGUUCUGCUGGCCUGGAUCUCCUCUGCUGCUUCAGAUCAAGCAAGGAAUCAACAGACCUCCUUACUCCCUUCAGGCCCAUCGUGACCCACCCCUAGGCCUGCGAAGGUGGGCUCGUCUGUGGCAGCUUUAUCUCUCCUGACCAAUGGCAGCCCAUUUCUCUGCUGCUCCAGUGCCUUCCCGUGCUCCAUGGCAUCUCAGGGUCCACACUUGAACAUCUCGUGCUGCUUGUGGUAUUUUGGUUAUUACCACUGUGCAGUUGUUCUUAGAAUGUUAAGCCAUUUCCUCUUGGUGCUAAACAAAGGUAUUUUACCCUUAGGUUUCUAACUAAGAAGUUGGAACAAGAAGUCUGAACAAAGAGAAGAAUUUCUGUCUUCUGCUCUGGUGCUAUGUGGUCAACUGCUCCUCUGAGCCAAAAAUACAGUGGUAUUGUUGGAAGGAUGCUGCCACUAAAAUAUAUUCAGCUUCACAAAUUCAGGGACUCUUUCUUUUCUUUUGAGACAGGC